AUGCCCGCCAAGUCCAAGUACAACCUGGUGGAUGACCGGCACGACCUCCGCAUCCCCCUGCACAACGAGGACGCCUUCCAGCACGGCAUCUGCUUCGAGGCCAAGUACAUCGGGAGCCUGGAUGUGCCGCGGCCAAACAGCCGGGUGGAGAUCGUGACAGCCAUGCGGCGGAUCAGGUAUGAGUUUAAAGCCAAGAACAUCAAGAAGAAGAAAGUGAGUCUCAUCGUGUCAGUGGAUGGUGUGAAGGUUAUUCUGAAGAAGAAGAAGAAGAAAAAAGAAUGGGCCUGGGACGAGAACAAAAUGCUCGUCAUGCACGAUCCCAUCUACAGGAUAUUCUAUGUGUCGCAUGACUCCCAGGACCUAAAGAUCUUCAGCUACAUUGCUAGGGAUGGGUCUAGCAAUGUCUUCAGGUGCAACGUCUUCAAAUCCAAAAAGAAGAGCCAAGCCAUGCGGAUCGUCCGGACCGUGGGGCAGGCGUUUGAGGUUUGCCACAAGCUGAGCCUGCAGCACACCCAGCAGAACGCGGACGGACAGGAGGACGGGGACAGCGAGAGGAAUGGGGACGACCUGGAUGUUCCAGCAAGCUCCCGCUCCAAGCGGGCUGUGCUCUGCUCUGACACCGCUCCUGCAGCCUGCCGCCUCACCCGCGGCGUGACCGACCUCGACGCCGUGGGCAAGGAGGCGAGUGCCUAUGCCGAUGCCAAGGGCUGCCUCCACCCUGAAGACAUCCUGACAGCGUCACCCAAGAUGCUGCUGCCCUCAUCUGCCCAGCUGCCUGACCUGGGAACGCCCCUCUCUGCCCACCCCCAAAUCCAGAGCCGCCUGCAGCACCAGGGCAGCUCUGAUGCUCCAGCCCCUGCUAGCGACAGAUGCCGCUGGCGGGACCCUGCCUUUUGCAAAACACUCUCUGGGAAACCUGCCCAGAAGGACAGCUCGGACAGGGUCCACUUGCUGAAGGACCAGCUGGCCGCUGAGGCGGCGGCGCGGCUGGAGGCCCAGGCUCGCGUACACCAGCUCCUGCUCCAGAAUAAGGACUUGCUGCAGCACAUCUCACUCCUGGUCAAACAGGUGCAGGAGCUGGAGCUGAAGCUGGCGGGGAACACCACCACAGGCUCUCAGGACAGUCUGCUGGAGAUCACCUUCCGCUCCAACGUCCUCCCCGUCCUCUGCGACCCGACCACCCCGCAGCCCGAGGACCCCCCCCCGCCGCCACUGGGCCCCAGCUCGGGCUUCCCCAGCACCCUGGGCAGCCCCAUAGUGGACCAGAGCAUGUUUGAGAACGCCAGUGCCAGCACAGCACCCACCCCGCGGUCACAGCACGUCCCUGCUGCGCCGGGCUCCCUCCUGCCCUCCCGCCCUGCCAGCAGCCAGCACCUCCGCAACCUGGGCAAGGCUGUGGGGGCCAAGGUGAAUGAUCUCCUGCGCCGCAAGGAGCCGGCUGGCCUCCCCAGCGUGGGGGUGAUGGAGGUGAACGCCAGCGCUGGGGCCAUGCUGGUCACAGGGCUGCCGGCCAGCGAGGACGGGGCUUUGGGGAUGGACACCUUCCCCCGCCUGGACCCCCCGCCCCCUGUCACCAAGAAGCGGACGCCGCGUGCCCUGAAGACUCCACAGGACAUGCUCAUUGCACCACAGCCAGCAGGGACCAGCCCAAGGAGCAGCACGGAGGAGCCCCCUGAACUGCCCACAGCCCACCCCAACCCCGCAGAGGAGUGGCCAGGGACGAGGGACCCAUCCCCUCCAGAAUGCCCUGGGGUCCCCAGCAUGACCAGCAUCCCAGAGCCAAGCGGAGACCAGCCCGCCUCUGCCCUCCCUGUGCCCGACCUCAUUCAUAAAGGCAGCCUGGAGAGCCAGUGGCGAGCAGGCGAGAGGGCCACUGAGACCUCACCCCGCACAGAGAAGCCCUCCCGGAGACCAGGGCUGGAGCAUGAGCUGCCUGGGAGCACAGGGCAGCCAGAGCCAUGCACCCCUGGCCGCGAGGUGGAGGGGCCCCAUCCCGACCUGCUGUCCUUCGAGUAGCAGCAGGAGAGCCACGAUGGGGGCAUGGUGGGGGCUGGCUCUCCCAAACACAUCUCUCAGUGCCACUUGCCAAUUUUGGGGUCAUUAUUUUGGAGAGGGAGGAGCGCCAGGGUGGCAGAAGCCAUUGCUGCACCAGCAUGGGGUGUGGGGAGCCAUGACACCCCAUUUCUUCCCAAAUUCCCAGGAGGGGCACAGCCUGUCCUGCCAUGGCUUCUCCUGCCAAGGUGCCGCCAUCCUGUCUGCAGCCAGGGGCCAUGCUCAGCUGGGGACCAAGGGUGGGCUUGCUUAGCAGCCUGGGUCCUCAUGCAUGGGUGCAGAAAGGCCAGCCUGCCCCCAAGCCCGUCAACUGUGCUGGGGCGAGUGUCCCACAGGUAUCCCCCACAGUUCCCCACGUCUGGGCUGGCUGCCCCAGUCCAGAUCAUGUCCCAGCUUACAUCAUGUGCUUGCAGAGAUACCCUGUCCCAGUGUGCCAGCAGGUUCACCCAGCCCCUAGUGCCCAGUGCCAGGGAGCCGGGAUGACAGGUGGCCCCAAGACCUUCUGCAGGUGACAACCACUUGGCAUUCGUCCUCCCAAUGCCAUCUCACUUUGCAGAGGAGCCCCAGCCACAGGAGACCCGCUUGUGGUGCAGGCUCUGGGAGGGAGCAGGUCUGGAUGCCUGGGGCUGCAUGGCUGCUGGCCAGUGGGCUCUGGCGGGAAGUCAAGCUCCCUGCGAGACCCCCUCCAGUUUCCGCUUGUUUCCUGGUCUCGCCCCAGCCACCAUGGACCAGACCGACCUGCCCAGGCAGGCAGCCCACUCCAUAUGGUCCAGGGCCACUGCUCUCCUUUAUUUACUGGGACAGUGAUGUCUUCGCGGGACUGGGAUGCAGGAAACCACGCGGUCCUUGGAUACUGCUCUAUGAUUGUUUCCCCAUGGAUUACAGGAGAGGUUAGCCAGCCUGUAGACCCCUGGGCCAGCGUAAGGAAGCAGCUGUGAAAUGGCAGUUUUCUUAGAGCUUUUAUGUGUAUCCUCACCGCAAAGGUGAUUUUGAGAGGAAAAGCUCUGAAGUCUGGUUUUGGGCUGCAGGAGGCUAGGGGCUUGUGGAUGGGGCACCUCUGCCUGCAGCUCCUCCUGGGCCACGCAGGGCAGUUGGGCUGAAGAAAUGUCUUCCACCACAUUGUGGUCUAGCUGAAGGAAGGAGGCCGCAGGCCUGAGAGAUCCCUUUGGCCUGGGAGCAGCCGCUCUGCCUCCUUGCCCGUCACCGUGGCCGGGUGCCAUAGUGGUGCUGGGGCUUUGCAGCGCUUGGCCCCUGGGGAGGCCCCACUGGAGG